AUGCCAACUCAAUUUUUCUACGGGAAGCAGGACUUUGUUGGAGAUGUGCGCUUUAUCACUGUACCUCAGAUGGCAAAUAAAUCUAGGUUUGAUUCAGCCGUCCAAGCUGGAUGGACGGACAGGAUGGAGAGGGGGCUCCUCCGUUACACUUUGGGGGACUUGCAAACACGUAUCCUGCCUGGCUCCUGUGGUUUUGUGGCGCAGUUAAAUGUCAAAAGAGGAAUAGAGAGGAGAAAGCCUCAGGAGAUCUUAAGUAUUAAACAGGUUUUCAAUGCCAAUCAGUUUAAUUUUAACAAGAUCAAUCCAGAUGAGAUCAUCUUUGAGAUGAUUAAGGACUGUGAUGAAGAACAAAAAAUUGGCCAUCAACCAUGCAAGAUUGUUGUAUUGGUCAAUGUCAGUCCUCUAGAGUUUGGACAUUGUCUUUUUGUUCCAGACCCAACACGCUGCUUUCCUCAGGUUCUCACAAGGUUUUCCAUUCAAGUUGGUAUUGAAUCCGUGCUGCUCAGUUCAGAUCCAGCGUUUCGUGUGGGCUUCAACAGUUUAGGAGCCUUUGCAUCUGUCAAUCAUUUGCACCUCCAUGGAUAUUACCUGAAACACAAGCUGAAUAUUGAAUCUCUACCUUGCCGGCCUGUCCUUCCUGGGAAGGGAUUUCACACUUUGACAGGAUUUCCAUCAGGAUUUCUGUUCUACACUGAAUCUGAGUGUGUGGAGGUUGUUGCAAACACCAUCGGCCAUGUCACUGACUUCUUAGUAGAGGCCAAUGUCGCUCAUAAUCUCUUCAUGACCAGGGGAUGUCCACCCUGCGAACAGAAUGACAAUUUGUUAAGAAAAGGUGUGCGCAUCGCCGUGUGGCCCAGAGUAGCUUGUUUCGGUACUAAAGAGGAGUCCGCUCUCAACGUUGCCCUGUGCGAGCUUGCAGGACAUCUACCGUUUAAGAACAAGAAGGACUUUGAGCUAGCCACUGAGUCGCAUGUGAUAGAAAUAAUUCAGCGUUAUCUUCUUCCGCAUGAAGAUUUUCUUCAACUGGAAAAGCAGUUGACCCAACAUUUAAUGAUACUGUAA